AGUGCCAUGGCAGAUGUUWCUUGAAAAUAUUCWAUUGCCCACUGUUAGUAAGACCCGGCCAUACGGAGUGAUCUAUUUCCAGGAGAAAACUACGAUGGAAGAACCUGUAUUYGGAGCUAAAACGCAGAUUUUUUGGGCGGUGGUUUUGGUAAUCGAAGCCUUCCUUAUUAUCUUCAGUAAUAUCAUCGCUAUUCGUAUUUUUUUGGAAAGGCGUUUUACAGCAGUUUCAAAGUCUUCUUACUUGCUCGUAAACCUGACMGUUGCUGAUSUUUUCGUUGGAGUAGCUGCAAUUUUUAACUCCAUCGAGGUGAUGGGUUAUAACAAGUUUCUUUUUGUUCCUUGCAACGGGAUCGUAGUUAAUGAGAUUUCUCUCACUUUGGCUGUUUUUACAUCAUUUGCUUCCUUGAAUUCCUUGGCCUUAAUCGCUCUCGAUAGGACACUGGCCAUAGUGGCUCCAUGGCGCUUUCGCAGUGCUAAGAAGAGGYAUUAUUUUAUUGCAAUUGUCACAUCGUGGUGCAUCUCUGUGCCGUUCGCACUUAUCAGAAACCUUACUGACUGUUCGAACAUGAUAAGGAAUUUGUUUAUGAUUAUCAUCAUUUCAACAGCCAUCAUCGUUAUGAUCAUUUCAUAUACUGUAAUAUUCAUCAAAAUUAAGCUCUUUUCUACCGUCCAAUCGAAUUUCUCACUAAGAAACAGUAUAAGACUCUCAAAAACCAUGCAAAUGGCUACWUGCAUGGCACUUGGAACCUGGUUGCCACGCUUUGUUGCGGGUAGGAUGGGAAUAGCAGGCCGAGGAGUUGUUUUAGCGAAUGUAUAUAUGGCACUAGUAGUGCUGAUGUAUUCCAAUUCUUUUGCCAACUUCUUCAUCUACGCUCUUCGUAUCUCGCAAUUUAGACAAGCAUUGAAUAACAUGUUUCAGUGUAAAAUACGUUUCUCCAAUAGGAUUGAACCUCAAGCACCGCAAAGAAGUCAGGGRAACAUUCAAGAGCGAGCUGCUUCAUCAAUAACCUGAGACUGAUGUAGCAAGUAACAAUAUAGGGAAAGGGGACAUGUACAUAUAUGUUAUAAAUCCAUGUGUUAAAAAUUAAUGAUAAAAUGUCAGUUGAAAAUUGUAUGUCAUUUCAUGAGUCAUGAGUUGRAGUAUACUACGGUCAUACCAUGGCGGAUAUAGGUGUCACGCCCAUCUGCUACUCCAGAUCUUCUAUCCACAUGCAAAAAAUAUAUAACACUUUUCAACUAGGAAAGAAGUCACCUAUCGAUCGCGAGUUAUUAUAACUGCAAGGCUGUUUUGACGAGAAUAUUACAUUAAAAAAUC